CUUGGAGUUGCUGAAACAACUGUUGAAAUAGCCAGAUGUUCUCGUCAUCGUGGUGUGACUUUUAGGAGGCCUAACUCUUUCGAAGCCAGGCUGCUUUUAAGUUUUAACGGGGAUAGGACGUUCACCUGGAUAAGGAUCUCAGAUGCCUUCAAUUAAGUUGCAGAGUUCUGAUGGAGAGAUAUUUGAAGUUGAUGUUGAAAUUGCCAAACAGUCUGUGACUAUCAAGACCAUGUUGGAAGAUUUGGGAAUGGAUGAUGAAGGAGAUGAUGACCCAGUUCCUCUACCAAAUGUUAACGCAGCAAUAUUAAAAAAGGUCAUUCAGUGGUGCACCCACCACAAGGAUGACCCCCCUCCUCCUGAGGAUGAUGAGAACAAAGAAAAGCGGACAGAUGAUAUUCCUGUUUGGGACCAAGAAUUCCUGAAAGUUGACCAAGGAACACUUUUUGAACUUAUUCUGGCUGCGAACUACUUAGACAUCAAAGGUUUGCUUGAUGUUACAUGCAAGACUGUUGCCAAUAUGAUCAAGGGGAAAACUCCUGAGGAGAUCCGUAAGACCUUCAAUAUCAAAAAUGACUUUACUGAAGAAGAGGAAGCCCAGGUACGCAAAGAGAACCAGUGGUGUGAAGAGAAGUGAGAUGUUAUGCCUGACACUGUAACACUGUAAGGAUUGUUCCAAAUACUAGUUGCACUGCUCUGUUUAUAAUUG